CACUUUCCCCUCGUCUCCCCCGGAAAUUCACUCUUCUUCUUCUUCACAGAUUCAUUCGCAUCUCUGAAUUCCAAACAUUCGAUCGGAUUUUAGAAAAAUGAGUUACUUGAACAAGGUAUGGAUGGCGGCGACGGUGGCGGUGAUGCAGAGCCACGGCGAUCAUGGCGGCAAAUGGAAAGCCGGCCUGAGCUCCGCCAACCGUCUCCAGAGGAGACUCUCCUCCGAUCUCCAACCUCUACCCGUCGACGAUCUCACCGGAGAAGAUCCCCGGCGUCAGUUUUCUUCUUCGCCGGACGAAUCGUUCCGGCAUGUCAUGUACCUCAACUGCUGGGGCCAAGGCUAAUUUCUGAUGUUAGAUCGAUGAUCCGUUGUUUGUAUCUGUGCUGCGUUCCGUAGACAAACGAAUCGGGAGAUCAGACCGAGUCAGAUUUGUAGCUGAAAACUGUGAAUAGUUUUGAGUUUUCCUGUAAAUGGUAGAUGAUCAUCAAAAGAAGGAAAGAAGCUUUGGAGCCUCGUCUGUCUGAUCCAUUUUAUCAAAACCCAUUUUGCCAGUGAUUGAGAACUCCAAAGUGGAUUUCUGUAAUCCAUCGCACCGCAAUAAUUGAGCUCCGUAUAUUAAUAUUUAA